UGUAUCACAAAUCAGAACUCCAAUUUGGGGAAAAACCAAAAAAAUAAGGGGCAUGGCCAUGGAUGGCAGCAACGCGGAGGAGUUGGCCAUUGGGUGCUUCGUCUCCAUCAAGACCACCUUGAGUGACGAGUUUCAGGGGCAAGUCAUCACCUUCGAUCGCCCCUCCAACAUCGUCGUCAUUCAAGAGGGUUCGAAAGGAGGGUCUCGGCGGAACAUAAGGCUGCUGAAGGCGAACUAUAUAAAGGAGUUGUCGUAUUUGGGUCAAGCCGAAGACCCGCUUGAUGUCAAAAACUGUUACCUUGAUCUCAAUAGUCUCCGCGCCAGAGAGGAAUUGGCCAUUAGACAAGCAGAGGCAGACUCCGAGAGGAUUGGUGUUGGGGUCACCAGCCAGGCCCAGAACAUUUUCGACGCCUUGUCUAAGACGCUUCCAGUGCGCUGGGACAAGACUGUAAUAGUUGUGAUGAAUGCGGUGCGUGUAAGCAGUCCAUAUACUCCGGAGUCUGUCAGUGGAGGAACACCUGCUGCCAAUGAGCGGGUGAAGAAAGUGCUUGAGCUUGAGAGGAAAAGGUUGCAAACUCGUGGCAGUGGUCAAUGAUGGAUUCAGGUUUGCACCUGAUUGGCCAAUAGGAAAAGACUUUUCCCUCGAGGGAUAAAUCAUGAUGGGUAUGUAGGUACACUCAACCUUCUCUGAGGGGAACAUGUUAUCUAUUCUCUUGAGACAUUUGAACGCCUGAAUCAAAGAAUCAAUCCAAUACAUAUCAUUCGAUCUGUAGUUCUUUGGUCUUGCCAACAAUUGGCUCGUCUGUUGUGUUUGCUAUUGCUCAUGACUUGAGUUUGAGACGGUUUGUAUGCUAUUAAGAGAUUGAGUUUUACACCAUCGCUAUACCCCUGUUGAAUAUUUGGGGAAUUGCUAAUUAAUUGUGCAUUUCUCGCCGUUGUCACACCAGGGGCAAGUAAUCUGAUAAGACUUGAAAAGUUAAUAA